UCAAGUCACUCUGUGCCUUUUUGCCACCACCUUCCACCUUCACCAGCAGCACGUUAACAAUGGCGCAAGCUGGUGCACAGAAGAGCAGCUCUCUGACAUUGGUGCUAAUGGUUGCUUCUGCAGCCAUUGGAGGAACUCUUCAAUAUGGCUACAACCUCGCAAUAAUGAAUUCUCCCACAACUUUUAUUCAAACCUUUAUCAAUGAGACGUUCCUGGAGCGCUGGGACUUCCAGCUGGAGGACUACCAGGUGACUCUGGUCUGGACAAUAAUUGUCUCCAUAUUCUCGUUGGGGGGCUUUGCAGGAGCUCUAAUCGCAGGACCUAUGACCAUACGCUUCGGGAGGAAGAAAUGCCUGUUGUUGAACAACAUCUUCCUCAUGAGUGGUUCACUCUUAGCUGUGACAAGUAGAGCUGCCAAGUCUUUUGAGAUGAUCAUUAUUUCACGUGUCCUGAUUGGAAUAAAUGCCGGGAUCAGCAUGAAUGUGCAGCCCAUGUAUUUUGGAGAAAGUGCACCAAAGCACCUAAGAGGGGCUAUCUCUUUGUCCUCAGCUGUUUUCACAGCAUUUGGUGUUGUGUUAGGACAGGUGGUCGGACUGAGAGAGAUUUUGGGCAGUGAGCAAUGUUGGCAGUAUCUUCUCGCCAGUAAUGCCAUUCCUGGCUUCAUUCAGCUCCUCACCCUGCCGUGGUUCCCAGAGAGCCCCAGAUACCUGCUCAUCGACAGGGGGGACAAGGAGGCUUGUAUUAACGCUUUGAGGCGGCUGCGAGGCUGUGAGGUCCAAAGCAGCGAGCUCGAUGAAAUCCUGCAGGAACAGGCCGAAACCAAAGGCAUGAGGCCCAGCCGGCCCUGGGAGCUUUUCACCGAUCGCUCAGUGCGCUGGCAGCUCAUCUCUGUCAUGAUCAUCAGCAGUGCCAUGCAGCUCUGUGGUAAUGACUCGAUUUACUUCUAUGCAUAUUAUGUAUUCAAAGAGGCUGGAAUAUCUGAUGAGAAAAUCCAGUAUAUCACAAUUGGCACUGGUACAUGUGAAUUCACAGCCUGUAUAAUGUGUAAUCUGCUGAUAGAGCGCAAAGGUCGGAAGUUCAUGCUGAUGGGAGGAUUCAUCCUCAUGACCGUCUGGGCUGUUGUCUUCACAAUUGCUCUGUCGUUUGAGCAUUAUAUAUCCUGGAUGCCGUACCUGAGCAUGACGUGCAUCUUCACCUACAUUCUCAGCUUCGGCAUGGGACCAGCUGGAGUGACUGGCGUUCUGCCUACAGAGAUCUUCAAUCAGACGUCUCGGCCGGCAGCCUACAUGAUCGCUGGCUCCAUGAUGUGGCUCAACCUUUUCAUCAUGGGAAUGAUCUUCCCUUUUCUAGUGAGCGAGCUGAGUGAGUUCUGCUUCGUGCCUUUCGCUGUGGUCUGCCUGUUGUCGGCUCUGUAUGUCGGCCUGUUUCUGCCUGAGACCAAAGGGAAGUCUUUGUCGGCCAUCACAAGUGAAUUCCACAAGCUCAACUUCAAAGGCCAGGACAAAAACUGUGAAUCGCAAACUCAAGCCCAGUAUCAGCUGGGUGAAGUGUGUCACUCCACGGCCUUGUAGACAGACUUUUUUUCUCCUGAAACACACAGUCACAUCCACUGUAUGCCUCACUUUGACCUGACCUGCUUGAGCUGGAAGAAGUCAUGCACAUUCUGACGGAACGGGUGGGAAAUAAUUCACUUUCAUAUCACCGAAAGCAACUUAGAUCUACUGUACCUCCUUUAUGUGGAGUGAGUUUUCUAUUAAGAGAGUUAAAAGGAAUUAUCUUUGACGUGUUCACGUAUGCACUUAUGUUUUACUGACUACUGUAUAUUGGGCUAAAUGUGGCAGAAAAAUCACCUGCUACAUAGGAAGUGAUGUGUUCUAUCAGAAUAAAUAGAAAAAUGAGUGUAUAGAUAGUCUUUGUAGUCACCACUGCCGAAAAAAUACUUCUGAAAAGACAUUUAUUUAUAAAGAUGUUUUUAGCUAAAGAAUAAAACAUUUCAGCAUGGCAAAUACAUUUUAUUAAGAUAUUUUACUGUUUUUCUGUUUGUUUAAUAGGACAAAGAAUACAGAGUUAGUAAUGGCAAACUGUGUCUUGGCUGUGGGAGGUCAAAGGACAUUCCAGUUAAAUGACCUGCAGGAUGCUGAAGUCUUGCAGUGUGGCAGAUGGUUCAACAUAUCAGACAGAAUGUAUUCAGACUAAAACAAAGUUCAUUUGCACCUUAUCAAAUCUGUGUGUAUCAGUGUGCACACCUCAUUCAUAAAAAAAACUAUGAUGUUGAGCAUGAGUUUUUACAUGAGUGGAAUAUGUACAAUUGUUUAUAUUGAAUAUUUCCGUCAGUCUUUUUUGUUUCAGUGAUUUUUUGAGUCUUACAUUUACAUAGUUUUUAAAUUUAAUUUUUUUAGUGAGAUCAUGAAAAAGGUGCCUUUCAAAUAUAAUACAGAAAUAAAGUCACAUCAGAUAAAACA